AUGCAAACUACCAAGCCAGUCGACGCAUUCUCGGACUUCUUCUUUGGUGAAGGCAGGGAUGUCAGGACACUUGUCUUUGAAUGCUGCUCUCUCGACGUCCUCGCUUCUUUUAGUCAAGCCAGUUGGUCGUGUCGUGCAGUCGUCCAAGAGUAUCUCAAGCAACGUCUGUAUUUUUUUUUGUCGCCAUUUAUAGCCUAUGAAUACAUCGAGGAAUUUGUGGCGGUUCUUACUGCUUCCAAUAGUGCUGUCGUUGGUUCGACGGCGUUGAAGAUUCUGUUGAAUGGCGGCGGUAGCAGCUGGGCUCCCUGUGACCUCAAUAUAGCGACCCCGCGAGAUGGACUACAGAAUUUUUUACAGUUGUUUCAUGGUCUUCAAUUCCGGUUCGCUGGCGCCGGUGUUUUAAAAAGAGAGGCGGCCGCUGCAUUCACUCAUUCUGUGUUUGUUAAUCCUGAAGGGAAAACUAUCACAGUUACCGAGGCGCACGAAUCGGAUUCCUUUUUGGGUGUCGUCGUUCGCGCCGGCCAUACUGCCUGUAUGAAUUUUAUCAGCUCGGAGCAUUUUGGGUGCCUCUAUCCAACUCAAACCCUUCAAAAUCGAAUCUCCUACGCGUUUGGUAUUCCUCCCGCCUCCACAACGUAUUUUGAGAUGCUCUCUAAAGGAUUUGCGAUUUUCUUGGAGUCUGCCUAUCAUCCUGUCGAACAUCCUACCUGUUGUCCUACAGCACAACAAGAAUUUGCCGGUUUUGCCGGCGUUGGCCUCUUAGAAUGGCGUAGGGGGAAUGUAAUGAGCAACCUCUUAACCCGACGAUACAAUUGGUGCUUGGGGCGAUUCACGUUCAAUGGACAUGCUGCAUCUGUCGACGUUCGAUCUACCACUAGGUCGUUCAUUUCUGCCUCAGCGCUUAGCCGGUUUGGCCUUGACCCCGAACGAUGUUUUCAUGAUAUCGCGGUGUCCGUCCGUAUAGGAGAAACCUGGAUGACCUGCAUCGUUUCUAUGAUAUCUACGACCCAUUUCGCCAAUUUCGACGUUAUCUUGGGAACAGAUUGGAAAGUCUUUUUGAAGGAGCUAUGUGGCGUAAUGUCGUUCACUGUCCCCCGCGUUUUUUUCAUGCUUUGUGUAUCUUCCCUCCCCGAUGGUCUGCAAGUGGAAAAUUUGUGUUCUUUUGAUUCUGGUUCAACGUCCCAUGAUUUUCAUGCUUCAGAGUCUGUUGAUGUUGAUGUCAACAUGUCUAAUUCACACCUUUUAAACUCUGAAAUUGAAUCUGUUCAUUUGGCAUCUGUUUUGUGCAGUACUUUAUUGUGCCCUACCUAUUCCUGUCGGACUCCGGUCAUUCCUGCGGAUUCCGGUGGAAUGGGACCGGACUCCGGCGGAAUCCGCAGGAAUGGGACUGGAAUCCAGUGGAAUCCAGCGGAGUCCUGCGGAAUCCAGUGGAUUCCAGUUGAAUAA